AUGUUAUUGAGGGGAAUAUACAGAGUGAUUCGGAAGCAGGAAUACACUGACACUCUACCUCAAGCGUCGAUUAAGGAUUUGGGUGUCAUUCUGAUGGGAGCUGGAUAUGAGGUAUUCUUGAAAGGACCAUCUUUGUAUGCCUUUAAGGGUUUGGCUGGUCGGUUUGCUCCAAUUGGAGUACAUUUAGCACUGCUGCUGAUAAUGGCCGGAGGAACUCUCAGUUCUGCUGGUAGCUUUAGAGGAUCGGUAACAGUUCCACAAGGCCUAAAUUUUGUUGUAGGAGAUGUACUGGGACCCAGUGGAUUUUUAUCUAUGCCAUCAGAGGCGUUCAACACAGAAGUUCAUGUCAAUAGGUUUUACAUGGACUAUUAUGACAGUGGAGAGGUAAGACAGUUCCACACUGACCUUUCACUACUUGACCUCAAUGGCAAGGAGGUGAUGAGGAAAACUAUAAGUGUGAAUGAUCCAUUGAGGUAUGGAGGAAUCACUAUAUACCAGACAGACUGGAGUCUUUCAGCAGUUCAAAUAUUGAAGGAUAAUGAAGGGCCAUUCAAUUUGGCAAUGGCACCUCUUCAAAUCAAUGGUGACAAGAAACUCUAUGGAACAUUCCUGCCUAUUGGAGAUGUUAAUUCUCCUGAUGUGAAGGGAAUAUCAAUGCUAGCUCGUGAUCUCCAGUCAAUUGUCCUCUAUGAUCAACAAGGAAAGUUUGUUGGAGUAAGACGGCCAAACUCAAAGCUCCCAAUUGACAUAGAUGGCAUUAAAAUUGUCAUUGUUGAUGCAAUUGGUAGUACUGGGCUGGACAUAAAGACUGACCCUGGGGUGCCAAUUGUUUAUGCUGGUUUUGGUGCUUUAAUGCUCACAACUUGCAUCAGUUUUUUAUCUCACUCACAGAUUUGGGCCUUGCAAGACGGUACAGAGGUGAUUAUUGGAGGCAAGACAAAUCGUGCAAAAGGUGAAUUUCCAGAGGAGAUGAAUCUCUUACUUGAUCAAGUCCCUGAAUUAGUUGAAUCAUCUUCUCCUAAGCAAUCUGAUGUUAUCAGUGGCUGAUGUAACACUCUACGCUGGGACAAAGAAGCAUCUUAAGAUGAAAUUUUCAGCUAAUGCACACACACUGCUUUAGGAAUAUGAUGCAGGAAAUUGUCUAUAGGGUUUGACUUGACUGCUCAAGAUAUUGGUGCAUCGAGCUUGAUUGAAGAUAAUCCAGAUAUUGUUUUCACUCUCGUCACAUAUCCCAAGGAUUUAAAGUAUGCUUGUCAACUUGUCUGACUUUCGCAUCAGAUGAUUCAUGAAGCAAAUUCUUGACACUGGUAGAUCAAUCAAAUUUGCAUACCAACAUUCUUUAAUCUCAGGCAUCUUUCAUGUGGGGUGUUGGGCUGGUUUGAAGUCUUUGGUUUACUUAGGUUAUUUGCAUUGUAUAGUUAAUAUCAUUAGUCAUACAUAUGUGAAUAAGCAGCAAAUUAUUUUUCAUCCAAUAUGCGUAUACUUCAUUCCGUUUC